CAGGAGUUACGUUUCAUAGAUCCUACUCCACUGUUGACACACUGUUGACAGAACACAGAACGGAAGAUCUUGCCGGGAAGUGAAUAUGAAACACGCGAUAUGAAAUGAAAAGCGUAAACUUGGGACUUGGGGCCUUUCCAGAGAUAUAGAAGAUAGAAAUAGGGCUAGACUAUUCAUAGAAGAAUAGAUUGGGGCCAUUAUAAUCUAUGAUGAUCUAUAGUUGCAUUUAGGGAAAGAUAUGAAAAGGCCGAAUAGCCCUGGCAGCUCAGGCUGUAAAACUAAGUAUACACCAUGAAUACUACUACUGCCUAAGAUAUGGAAAAGAUGAAGAGAGCCAAUCUUUGCCCUGGCAUCUGUGGCCAUUAAACUAAUAUACUUUGGAGCGAACUUCAUUUAUAUUUAUGAUAUUAAAAUUUCUAAAGAUAAUCAGAGAUAAUCAAAACAAUGGAGUCUAUAAAGACAUUAUAGAUUUAAUAUUUAGAUUUACCUGAACACGAAACAUGCAGUUGGAGUUUUAUAAUUUAUUGAAGUUCACACAAUUACGACUAUCAAAUCCUAUUUAAUGAUAUUAAUUUAUCUCUUAAAUGCUCUAUCUAGAUAAUAGAGAAUCAAUGUUACUGGUGUUUGGAUUGUUAGUAUAGAAAUUCAAUUUUUUAUUGUCAUGAAUUAGUAAAAAAUUAUUUAUGUCAGUAAGUGUCGAAAGAUAGGACUCAAUUUCUAAAUUACCUAUUAUUAAUGAAUCAAUAUGCAUUCUACAACUUUGAGGGGUGUUUUCCCCGAUUCAAGUAGAACCUGUUUACAGGAGGAAUUUUAUUAAAGAAAAUGUUAAAUCAAUUAAGCAGAUGCAGGGAAUUUUACAGGAAGCUGGAGUAAUACAACCAAGAAAGAGGAGUGAAAAAACUCUCGAUAAAUUCAAAAACGCGGCCCGGUUAGCCCGGUCUACAGAAAGUAAUUUAAGCAAGAGUAAUCCUGUAUUAGCAAAAUCAGAAAAUACAAAUUUGGAUGAAAAACCUGAAAUAAAACAUGUAGCUACGGGUGUACCAAGAAUUGUUAAAAACAAAACAGUUUUAAAGAAGAAAGAGAACAUUAAUUUCUGUACAGUGGAAGAGAGUAAAAUUACACACCGGGCAAUGCAAACUGAAAGGCAAGAGAAUUUGGAACAUUUGUAUGAUACUGGAGUUAUUAAAUAUCCAAGCCCUAAUAUUCUCAAAUCUGGAAGUGUUUUACACAGUGGGGAAGGAGAUAAUAUUAAUAUUACUGACAAUAUGGAACAUCUAACAUUAGAGAGCAAAGAUUUUAUUAAGGAAAAUAUGCAAAAUAUAAAAACUAGACCUGUGAGACAUAGUCCUGUCAAAGUAAUGGCUAGUGCUCCAUCAAAUUAUCAGAAGGGUGUUGUUCCAAAAUAUCUGAGGGAUAAAAAGGAAGAAGUUUUAGAAGAAAAUGAACCAGAGUGUCCACCAGGACAUAUUUUAUUACCAGAAGAUGAAAGAAAAGAGACUUUAAGAGUAUUAAGACAAAGUUAUGCAGAUAGAAUUCAAGAAUUAAAUAUGAUGCCUGUAAGAAACGAUACUUUAAAAAUGAAAAAGAGAAAAAUGGAAAUAGAAGAAGAGUUGAAACGGAUUGAUGGAGGAAUUAAAGUCUUUCAGAGACCAAAAGUAUUUGUUAAAAUAAAUGCUUGAAAAUAAUAUCCAUUUUUUAUGAAUAGUGUACCUGUGAUUAAAAUUCUUUAAAUGUAUUGUGAGUAAUAAAUUUAUUUUAACAAGAUAUAUAUUUCAGUA